UAGUUUUCCUCUCAGGGGGCAACGGUUUGUUUGGAUUCUCGGCGGAGCAGCGUCGCGACCUUCCAUGGACAGCCGGGAAGGCGCUGCCGCCAGUCCCCAAGCGGACGCCGAAAAGGCCUCCAGGUCCUCGAGUUCAGAUUCUGAUGAGGAAGGGGGAGCUUCAGGCCAGACAGAAAUGGAAUUUUUGCGAAACCUCUUUUCCCGGACUCUGGGCUUUGGCAGUGAGAAGCCCGAGAAGGUGCUGGAGGAACUGACGCUGGAAGGCGUGACCAACUUCAUACUGACUGAGAAAUGCAAGAAUAUAGUCUGUAUGGUUGGUGCAGGGAUCUCGACCAGUGCGGGCAUCCCCGAUUUCCGCUCACCUGGCACGGGGCUGUAUGCCAACCUGCAGCAGUACAAUCUACCGUAUCCCGAAGCCAUCUUUGAGAUUGGCUAUUUCAAGCAAAACCCAGAACCAUUCUUCACCUUGGCUCGGGAGCUUUACCCAGGGCAGUUCAAGCCCACUGUCUGUCACUACUUCAUUCGUCUCUUGAAGGAUAAAGGGCUGCUACUGCGCUGCUACACUCAGAACAUCGACACCUUGGAGAGGGUGGCCGGUCUGGAUCCCGAACACUUAGUGGAAGCUCACGGCACCUUUUAUACCUCCCACUGCAUCAGCUCCACUUGCAAGAAGCCCUACAGCCUGGAGUGGAUGAAAGAAAAAAUAUUCGGAUCUCUCACCCCCCGAUGUGAAAAAUGUCAGAACAUCGUGAAGCCAGACAUCGUGUUUUUUGGGGAGAAUCUGCCCCCUCGUUUCUUCACUCUCAUGCAGUCGGAUUUCCAGAAUGCGGACAUGCUUAUUAUCAUGGGCACCUCACUUCAGGUCCAGCCUUUUGCCUCUCUGGUCAGCAGGGUACCUGCAAACACACCACGGCUUCUGAUCAAUAAGGAGAAGACUGGAGAGAGUGAUCCUUUCAUGUCCCUGAUGGGCUUAGGCUGCGGGAUGGAUUUUGAUUCGGAGAAGGCAUACAGGGACGUGGCCUGGCUCGGAGACUGCGAUGAGGGCUGCCUGGCUUUGGCAGAGCUAUUGGGAUGGAAGAAAGAACUGGAGGAACUUGUGAAAAAUGAACACGCUGUCAUUGAGGCCAAAUCAGGGCAGACUGUGGGUGUCGGGGCAGGUGCUGAUCGGCAACCAGCCAAGAAGCAAGAACAGAAUCCAUCUUUGGAGAAAGAAAAGCCACCUGCAAACAAAGAAGAAUGAAGAGAUUAGAGAAGAUUGAAGAACUCUUACUUUUUGAUAAUUAAAAAA